AUGGCCGGCAAGUUCCAACCAAAGGUUCCCGUAGACCUCAAUCCUCCCAAGGAUGACCCGAUAUCUUUGGAGGAGCUAUCCAAAUCAGAUGGCACCGAGGGACAGAAGGCAUAUGUAGCUAUCAAGGGCAAGGUCUACGAUGUGACUGGGAAUAAGGCAUACCAGCAAGGCGGAUCAUAUCAUGUAUUUGCGGGGACGGACGCUUCACACGCGCUGGCGAAGACAUCGACGAAAGCCGAGGACGUCAAGCCCGAGUGGCAGCAUCUGAACGACACGGAGAAGAAGACGCUGAACGACUGGGUCAAGUUCUUCUCCAAUAGGUACAAUGUCGUCGGUGUCGUCGAGGGAGCGACGAACAUGGAAUGA